AGUAGGAUUUGAAUUCUGGACAGAUGUUUAUUAUUCACAUAUUCGGUCACUCUGCCUAAGUGAAGCUCUGGAUACUUGAGAACAAAGUGAAAUAAGGACAUUACACCGGGAAAAUGAAGCUCCUUGCCUUUUGCUCUUACUUGGCAAUACUCUUUGCAGGUGUUGCUGCGAUGCCUCAGUCUAGGAACGUUGGUCAGUUUGGAGUGAUGAUGGGUUGUCUCCUUGAUAUGGGGACUGUAGAAGCUGGUCUGGAUUACAAUGGAUAUGGUUGCUACUGUGGAUUUGGUGGCCAAGGCAUCCCUCUUGAUGAUACUGAUAGGUGUUGUCAGACCCAUGAUGAUUGCUACACAGCUGUACAAACAAGUGACAUGUGCCGUGGAUACAACCAAGCCUACGUCAUUCCCUACAACUACCAAUCCUUACAAUGUGGAACCUACAGAGCACAGAUCGUGUGUUAUGACGAAAGCAGUUAUGACGCAGACUACAAGUACACUGAUUGUGCCAUUGCAAUGUGUGCUUGUGACAAGGCUGGUGCGGAAUGCUUCCGUCGUAAUAGAUCGACUUAUAACAAGGAUUAUAAGCGAUAUGACAAGGAUAGUUGCUGAUAAUUUAUAAUUUAAGAUAGUUUUAAAGGGUUCAAGAGGACCGUCGUGUUCUUAAAACAUGACAUAUAUUUAAAUAUCCAGUGGAAAUCAAACAGAGAAAAGUUGCAGCUAGUUAUUUCGAGUGAUGGUUAUUUGGGAGAUCGUUAAACCGAAACUGUAAAAAAAGUUCAUAAUCCUGGAACUUCGUUUAAUUCAUAAUUCAUUUCAGAAUUAUCGAAUCUUAUUUCAUUGUUAGAUUAACUAACAUUCGGAAAAAUGAAAUUCAUUUUC